AUGGACUCAGAUGAUGACAUAAGAGUUUUUCUGGAGUCACCACGCACGCAUGAGCUUGUCUCGGAGGCGGACAUAAAGACCAGCAGAGGAAGGAAAAGCAACAAAAGAAAAGAGAAGCUUCCACCAUACAUUCCAUUCAGAAAUAUUUAUGAAGAGACAGACUUCUCAAAACUAACUGAAAGACAGAAGAUUAUGGCAUUGAAAUUUCAAUCGGCUAGCUCUCGCCUCAGUUCAUUGUUCCUUGCAGUUAACGACAUUGCCCAAGCCAACGAUUCAAACGUAUCUUCUAAAAAGAAGAAUCUAAGUAUCAUCCAUAGUUGUCAUUCCAGCAGCAAGUAUUCAAAUGACAAUUGCUCAGAUCACAGUUGCCAAAAUGGGUGUAUUAGGGAUGCCAAGAAGCUCCAGGAGUUUUUGGUGUGGUUGGAGGAUAAAAUUAGCAAAGACAAAAAAAAUAAACAUCAGGCUAUAGUUAAGAAAUUGAAGAGCAUGUUGCUAAAGACCAAAUGUAUCUGUUCAUUGGAAGAUAAUCUCUACGAAAGCGUUUUGAAGAUAAUAAAUUAG